AUGGCGCCUCCCGCCGCCACCGUCGACGUGGAGGUCGAUCCCGACACCGACGUCAAGGUCGCCACCUCUUUCGCCCUCCCCCUCCCCGACCGCCUGACCAUUGAGAGCGUCGCGAAGAGGCGCGCCGCCUCGGGGAAACUUAUCGCCGGUGUCGCCGCGCCCGCACACGUCGAGCACUUCAAGGGACGCACGAGUCACGCACAGAAACCUCUGGCCCGCCGGUGGGAUCACCGUCUGUCCGCCGAGAGCAUCAGCAGAGGCGGCUCCUCCCUCAAGAACGCCGCCUCCUACCUCAAGACCCCCGGCUUGAUCUCCAUCGGCGGCGGACUGCCCUCGAGUGAAUACUUCCCCUUUGACGAGAUCAGUGUCAAGGCCCCGAGACUGCCCUACUGCGCCCAGCGACACAAUCAUGGCCACGGCCACGGCCACGGCCACGUCGACAGCCAUGUCAUGCACAUGGGCAUGCACGACAUGGCCGACGGCAGAUCCGGCUUCGACAUCGCGACCGCCGCGCAGUACGGCCAGGGCCAUGGCGCUGCGCAACUCCUGAGAUGGCUCGUCGAACACACCGAGAUCAUCCAUAACCCUCCCUACCAGGAUUGGUCGUGCACCAUGACCAUCGGCUCCACCUCGGCCUGGGAGAUGGCUCUGAGGAUGUUGACCAAGCCCGGAGACUGGAUCCUGAGCGAGCUGUAUACCUUCGCCACCGCGGUCGAAGCCGCGCAGCCUCUGGGCGUGCGCGUGGGUGCGGUCGGCAUGGAUGCCAACGGAAUGCUGCCCGCUUCUCUCGACCAUGUCUUGACAGAUUGGGACGAAGAGGCCAGAGGGGGCCCGAAGCCUUUCCUCAUCUACACCGUCCCGACGGGUCAGAAUCCCACCGGAUCCACACAGCCCAUCGAACGGAGGAAGGAGAUUUAUGCGGUUGCUCAGAAGCAUGACCUCUAUCUGUAAGCUGAUUGAUUAUCCUCCUCAUUCCAUCCUCAACAAGACUGACACCUCGUCCCGUCCCAGCUUCGAGGACGAACCCUACUACUUCCUCCAGAUGGAACCCUACAAGGGCCCCACCGCCUCGCCCGCCCUGGCCCCCUCCUCCCAUCUCGAAUUCCUCUCCUCCCUCGUCCCCUCCUUCCUCUCCCUCGACACCGACGGCCGCGUCAUGCGCGCCGACUCCUUCUCCAAGGUCAUCGCCCCGGGCUCCCGCGUCGGCUGGAUCACCGCCUCCGAGCAGCUCUGCCAACGCUACCGCACCCACGCCGACGUCUCCACCCAGGGCCCCUCCGGCUUCUCCCAGCUGAUCCUCUACAAGCUCCUCGACGAGACAUGGGGCCACACCGGCUACCUGGACUGGCUCAUCCACAUGCGCAUGGAGUACACCCGCCGUCGCGACGUCAUGCUCGAUUCCUGCGAGCGCCACCUCCCCCGCGACAUCGUCUCCUGGGUGCCGCCCAUGGCGGGCAUGUUCCACUGGCUCGAGAUUGACUGGAAGCGACACCCGCACGCCAACACCAUGCGUCUGGACGAGAUCGAAGAGGCCAUCUUCCAGAAGAUUGUCGAUCACGGCACGCUGCUCAUGAAGGGGAGUUGGUUCUGCGCGGACCGCAGCGCGCCGCGGGACACCAUGUUCUUCCGCGCGACGUAUGCUGCUGCUGGGUUUGACCAGAUCGACGAGGCCACGCGACGGUUCGGCGAGGCUUUGCGGGAUGAGUUCGGCGUGUUGGAGGCGAAGACGAAGGACUUGGACGGGGCAGUCAAUGGUAGUGGCAAUGGUGUUUUGGCGAAUGGGCAUGGGCAUGGGCAUGGGCAUGGGAAUGGCAAUAGCAAUGGGAAUGGGCAUCCGAAUGGUUUGCAAGGGUAG